AUGUUAAUGUUACUCACAAUUAAAACUUUUACUCCUCUCUUCUUUUUAUUCACCCGUGUCUGUUCAAUUUCUAUCGGUUCAGUCUCAGAUGCCAUCUAUCUCUCGUCAAACGAUCUCAAUCAAGCUUAUUCUAAUCUUACUUGUAUGCAAUGCAGUUGUUUAGCUUUGCGUCUCAAUGCAGUCGGGUGGAACUGUAAUGAUCAAUGUCAAAUGAUCAUGAACUAUUCUCAGAACGACAUUGGGCUAGUGCAUUCAAGCGGUACAACAUAUUCUUUUCUGAUCAUCCCACCUCAACAGUCAACAACAACAACUUUAACGCCAUCAAGCAGUUCAACGUCAGCAACUACUGUUGCAACAACGACAACCGUUAACUUUAAAUCGACUUAUAUCGCGCCGAAUACUGCAGUGGCAAAUACUUGGACUUUGAACUUCUAUUCUUAUCGGGCAAUGACUUCAACAACUGUAACUGUCAAGUUCACGUUUCAAACAGCUUCAGGUUGCCAAUGGUAUAUUGAUGAUGUAUCGGUUCGUGAUGCAGCUGGCAACGAAAGGUUAAUUAAUGGGAACUUUGAAGCUUCAUCCUCGUUGAGUGGAUGGUCGACAGGAUAUUCAGGAUUUUGUACAUUUACUUACGGAUCAACUUCCACUCAAUAUCAUUCAACAAGUCAUUCGUAUUACAGUUCAUGUUCAACGGGAACAACUUCAAUAUCUCAAUCAUUUGCUGUAACCGGUGACAAAAUUUACAACGUUAGUUUUUGGGUUUAUUUUAAUCCAAAUAGCACUCCGUUUGCAUAUGGAAAUACCGGAGUGAAUGUUACUAUUAACUGA